GCGAAUUCCAGCUCAUUAACUCGACCAGACGUUCACGCGUCAUCACUGUGCGACAGCCGGCUUGCUACGCAGUUGUUAGAGUGAUCGGAUUUGUUUUCAUUUUCCGUUCUUGAGUUUUUAUUAAGAAUACAUAUUAAUACGUCAGCUGGAGACCAGCAGACCGGCGGCACGGUCCAGGACCAGGAGCCAGCUACCUGUGACCCGGAUCAGACCACAGUACUUCAUCAGUUAUCUGUUAACAUCGUUAGCUCAGAUUAGCUUCAGCGGGUUGCUCGUUUCUGUGUCUCUGAUGGAUAGUUCCGGAGUAGGAGGGGGGACGAUGCUGAGCGGCGGCAACGUCCCGGCCUUCCUCACCAAACUGUGGACCCUGGUGGAGGACCCGGACACCGACCCGCUCAUCUGCUGGAGUCCGAGUGGAACCAGCUUCCAUGUGUUCGAUCAGGCUCGCUUCUCUAAAGACGUUCUACCAAAGUUCUUCAAACACAGCAACAUGGCCAGCUUCAUCCGACAGCUCAACAUGUAUGGGUUCCGUAAGGUGGUGCACAUCGAACACGGCGGUUUGGUGAAACCAGAGAGAGACGACACAGAGUUCCAACAUCCGUUCUUCAUCAGAGGAGAAGAACACCUGCUGGAGAACAUCAAGCGCAAAGUCACCAGUGUGUCGUCUGUGCGCCAGGAGGAAGUGAAGAUGUCUGCACACGAUGUGAGCAAGAUCCUGAACGAUGUCCAGCUGAUGAAGGGAAAGCAGGAAACUAUCGACUCCAGAAUCAUCGCCAUGAAACAUGAGAAUGAGGCUCUGUGGAGAGAAGUGGCCAGUCUGAGACAGAAACACGUUCAGCAACAGAAAGUUGUCAACAAGUUGAUCCAAUUCCUGGUGUCUCUUGUCCAGUCCAACAGGAUUCUGGGUGUCAAGAGGAAAAUUCCCCUGAUGUUGAAUGACUCUAGCUCCUCCCACUCCAUGCCAAAAUACAGUCGUCCUCUCUCAUUGGAGCAUAUGCAGGCAGCAGACAGUUUAUUCUCAGCUGACUCCCUGGUGAACUCUGGACCAAUCAUCUCUGACAUCACAGAUGUGGCCAUGCCCAUAGGCGAGAAUUUGGCCUGUGAUUGGAAUGAUGUUGAAGAAAGACAGUCAGUCCACUUAAAAGAGGAGCCUUCCAUUCCUGACUUGGAGGUGUGUCCUGAUCUGGAGAGCGGAGAUACUCAUCUUGACACGCCCCUCUCCCCCACCACCUUCAUCAACUCCAUCUUACAGGAAAACGAGAUCAAGCCGAGCCUGAACACCUCCAUUACCAAUCCUACACCAGGUAGUCCCAUUGUUGUGAUGAGCCCUGCUUCUACUGGGCCCCUUCCAUCAGCCCCAGCCAGCCAGUCGCUUGCCUGUCUUCCCACCCAAAACCCUGCCCUCAGCCUCACCAAACCUCAGCAGAAAUGUCAAACCAUCGCCUGUAUUGACAGACCCCGCCCCCCUCCCUCUGCAGGUGGACUGUCACCUGAUCGGUGGCGCUUCGUAUCAACACGAGCUGACAAGUCUGAACUGUCCAAUCAUGUCGACUGCAUUGACAGCAGUCUGGAAAACCUGCAGAGCAUCCUGAACACACAAGCCUUCACCUUCGACACCUCCCCGCUCAUGGAGUUUUUCAGUUCUUCCUGUUCCUCUGGAGACUUUGAUCUGGACUGUUUGGACACUCUGCUGUCUGAAGAAGUCCCAAAUGGAAGUGAAAGCAGCAACAGCAUCAACGCAGGGAAGCAGCUUGUGCAGUACACACCUGUCCUGAUGUCUGAACCAAUCAGCUCGGGGGAGGGCGUGGCCAACCUGCCCUCCCUCCUGGAGCUGGAGGCGGGGCCUUUCUUAAUCUCUGACCUGCCCACUGAUGACCCUGCUGCUGCUCUGCUAAGCCACGCCCACCUGGACUCCGACCUCAGCUAGAAAAGGGCGUUAACAUGUGAUUUAUGGGUCACCAUGACAACAGGACAGUGGGCUCGCUGACUCAGAAGCAUCAAUAGAGGAAACUGUUGAUCGAUCAGUAGGUCAAAAGUCAAGUUAUAUUAUGCAGAUUAAUAUUAACCAGUUUAUAUACCUGUCUUCUACUUCUUUUUCUUUAUUGUUUUUCUUCUUUGCCGCUUUUAUUAAAACCGAUGUUAACCCCCCCCCCCAAAAAAAGGAUCAUGCGACUUCUGCAUGUUCAAGUCUUUGUUUUCCUGUAUCCAAAAUAUAAGAUGGAGAGAAUCUGAAUAUUUUUGAAAAGUUUCUUAUGAAUGAGAAGUGUUUAUUAGAUAGAUAGAGACGAUAAGAAUCCUUUUCAGUCUCUUAUUGAAUCUUUUCUGGUCGUUUGUUUGUUGGAAUGAAGAAACAUCUGAGUAAA